AUGGCAUCCUCACGUCAAGACUGGGAGAAGCGCAUCUCGGACCUCAUCAACGAAGCCAAAAAGCACCAAGAGGCGUACUCUGAGCAAGUGGGAUAUUUUCAGCUGCAGAUUCACCCCUCCGUCUACUCUCCAAAAUACUUCCCCGAAACGCUAUGGUACGGCCAGAACCUCCCUUCCAUCGUCAAGGGAGGAUCCUUUCUCGAAAUCGGCGUCGGCUCCGGACUCAUUUCCCUUCAUCUUGCUGCAUCCGGAUCCAAGGUCGUCGGUGCCGAUAUAAAUCCCUUUGCGGUCGAGACGACACAGCAGAACUUUUCACGCAAUCAGCAAGAAGGAACUUUCAUCGUCAGCGACAUCUUCGACAAGAUUGACGGAAGGUUUGACUUCAUCUUCUGGAACCACCCCUGGCAAAUUGAUGCUAGUGUCCCAGACGAACUCAAGACGGAAAAGACAUUCGAUUUGGGAUAUCAGCUAUUACAGAGAUUUGUCGCAGAGAGUGCUAAUUACCUGACUGAAAAUGGGAAGGUCUUGUUGGGGACUAGUUCUUUUGCUGAUUUAGAAGCCAUUCGGUCGAUAGUAGGCAAGGGGAACGAAUCUCUUGAGAUAGUUCGGACAGGGCUUGGACAUCUAGGUCGCGGUGUCACUGAAGAAUAUUACAUUGUUCAGAUACAACAAAGCUAG